AUGAAUAAUGAUCACUUACGAAUAAAGGAAUGGAUUUUGGCCAACAAACUAAGUCUUAAUGUUGCAAAAACGGAAUUUCUUUUAAUUGGCUUACAUCAUAAAUUGAACAACCUUGAUUCUCAACCAUCUGUUAACAUCAGUCAUGACAGUAUUAGACAAGUCCAACACAGUAGAGUUCUUGGCGUUGAAAUUGACGAAAAUCUAUCUUGGAACAAACACAUUGAAAAUGUAGUUAAAUUAAAAAGGUUACGUCUGGAAUUGGAGCUAUGCGAAGAAUCCGUGAUUUUGUUGACAGAGAAACUCUGUCUUCUAUUUAUAAUGCUUUAA